CGCAACAAACACAACCAUUUGAAAGUACUUCGCAUACACACAAUAAUUGCGUUGUUGUAAUUGGUGAAUGUGUAUUUCAAAUUUGAGUCAUUUUAUAAUAAUACGUUUAAACUAUGUGUGGUCGUUCGUGUUUAACACUUGCGCCUGACGAAAUAUGCAAGGCAACGACAUACAAAUCAUUGGCAAAAUCAGAAGAUAAAAUACCAAAAUGGGAGCAACCAGAAUAUCGAAAUGAGUAUAAUUGCGGCCGAGAAUACAAGCCAUCGUACAAUCUAGCGCCCACAGACAUUUCACCAGUUUUAAUAUCGUCUGCUCACUUUGACGAUGAUGAAGCAGACGAUGUGACACAACACUUUCCGGAUUUGGAAGGGUUUGACAGUGGUGAUGAAAAUAAUGCAGAUAGUUCGAAACAAUUGCUUGUGCCAAUGAUGUGGGGAAUGAUACCAUUUUGGCAUCGUGGCGAUUACAGCAAACAUGGCCUAACCACAAACAAUUGCCGACUGGAAUCAAUGCUCGAAUCAAAACUGUACAAGCAUGCGUUCAAUAAAGGACAACGUUGUGUGGUUUUGUGUGAAGGUUUCUACGAAUGGCAAACCACCGAUCCAAAAGCAACAAAACCAUCACAACGUGCCGCCUAUUAUAUUUAUAUGCCACAACCGGAUGGUAUUCAAAUUGAAAUUCAAGAUACAUGGCAGAAAUCGGUUGAGAAAUUAAAUCUGUUGAAAAUGGCCGGAUUAUUUGAUGUUUGGACAAAUGAUCAAGGUGAACAGAUUUACAGUUACAGUGUGAUUACAUUCGAAUCAGACGAUACGCUUGGUUGGUUGCAUCAUCGAAGUCCGGCCAUUCUUGAGACAGAGGAAGCUGUCGCCGAUUGGAUUGAUUUCAAACGAGUUAGCGAUACAAAACAUUUACUCAGUUUAUUAAAACCAGCAAAACAUCUAAAAUGGCAUCGUGUAUCCAAUAUUGUCAAUAAUGCCCGCAACAAAUCCGAUCAAUGCAACAAACGAAUGGAAAAAGUGGAAAAAGACAACACACCAAAAAGUCCAAUGAUGCAAUCUUGGUUGAUAAGAAAACGAAAAUCCAUCGAUGAAAAUGAGAGCGAUGAAAAGAAAAUUAAAACAGAGUCUAAAGAUAAAUGAUAGCAUAUUAAGAGAAAAUUCCGAUGACAUAAAACAAAAAUAAAGAAAAUGAUUAAAUUGUGUGUAUAAUUUAUUUCGUAAAUAAAUGAAAUUGCCGCCAAUUUAGUGCUCAUAAAGCACGAAACGG